AUGGAACCGUACGACGUAAUAGUUAACCAACCCGUCGUCAUCGAUAACGGUUCUGGAGUUAUAAAAGCUGGUUUUGCUGGUGACCAAAUACCUAAAUGUCGUUUUCCAAAUUAUAUCGGAAGGCCAAAACACGUUCGGGUGAUGGCCGGAGCUCUGGAAGGAGAUUUAUUUGUAGGACCGAUAGCCGAAGAACACCGUGGUCUGCUGUCUCUGCGCUACCCAAUGGAGCACGGAAUAGUGACAGAUUGGAACGACAUGGAAAGAAUCUGGUCCUACGUAUACAGCAAAGACCAACUAUCAACAUUCGUUGAAGAACAUCCAGUUUUACUGACCGAGGCACCGUUAAACCCGCGCAUAAACCGCGAAAAGGCUGCUGAAAUAUUCUUUGAGUCAUUCAACGUUCCGGCGUUGUUCAUCUCCAUGCAGGCUGUCUUGAGUUUGUACGCGACUGGUCGUACUACUGGAGUGGUGCUUGAUGCAGGAGACGGAGUCACCCACGCAGUUCCCAUCUACGAGGGUUUCGCGAUGCCACACAGUAUAAUGAGGGUAGACAUCGCCGGUCGCGACGUCACCAGAUACUUGAGGCUACUCCUUCGCAAAGAGGGCGUCAAUUUUAAAACGACAGCUGAGUUUGAGAUUGUACGAACGAUCAAGGAGAAAUCUUGCUACUUGGCCAGUAAUCCACAAAAAGAAGAAACUGUCGAAACUGAAAAAUUCCAGUACAGUUUGCCUGAUGGCAGUUCUUUAGAAAUCGGCCCAGCAAGAUUUAGAGCGCCGGAAGUAUUAUUUAGACCCGACUUAAUUGGUGAAGAAUGUGAAGGUCUCCAUGAAGUCCUCAUGUAUUCGAUUCAAAAGUCUGAUUUAGAUUUACGGAAAGUUUUAUUCCAAAAUAUUGUACUUUCUGGAGGUUCUACACUAUUUAGAGGAUUUGGUGAUAGACUAUUAUCAGAAAUUCGAAAAAUGGCGCCAAAGGAUAUAAAAAUAAGGAUAUCAGCACCACAAGAACGUCUCUACAGUACAUGGAUCGGUGGAUCUAUCCUAGCUUCUCUCGACACAUUCAAAAAAAUGUGGGUUAGCAAGCGCGAGUAUGACGAAGACGGUGCAAGAGCGAUACACCGUAAGACAUUUUGA